AUGGCCAGCAUUCUACAAUCGAUGACGCGUUAUGCACAGCUACCUGUGAAAUACUUCUCUCUCUACCUAGGAAACCCUCAGCCACGCGGUCUUGCUGCUUUGCCUUUGGAGUUGCUCACUGAGAUCAUGAAGGAGUUGGAAUGGAGGGAUAUUCUGUACGUUCGUCAAACUUGCAGGCGCCUAUCUGACGCUUCAAAGGCACGGCCCGUGUGGCUCAACCUCUUCAAGACGUAUUCAGAGCACCUUCUGUUCCCCCUCCAACUGGAGGGUCCGCUGGAGAACUACAGUGCAUCUCAGCUGGAAGAUAUGAUACUUCGGUGGAAACGCGCGGAGCGGAGCUAUGCGAUGGACAGCGAAAUAGUUGACGGUCGGGAGAUUGAGAUUGCUCUCGACGAAGACCAACAUGUCAACAUCAUGCAUCUUGUGAAGGGUGGUCGCUGGCUGCUCCUCGUCUUAUCCAACGGGUCUAUACGAUACUGUGACCUCGAGUGCGAAGACGUUGUAUCCCAUCCUCUCGUUCCACACCCGUUUAACAACGACGAGACGGAGGCGAUCGUCCGGUUUUCAAUCGACAUGCUCUCGACUCCAACCCUGACAUUCAAUAUCGCAAUCGCAUUUCGGGAUGUGAUUUCAGAUGAAGCUAUCAAUUUUCUGCAAGUCUGGCAGGUGUCUGUCGUGCUCGAUGGACAGGGAAGAGGAAUGGAGUUGCAAUCCUGCCUUCUUUCCUUCUUCGUCCAGAGUUCUGGCGGUCAGGUACCUUCCCUAUCGAUAUCUGGCCAACGCCUUGCCUAUUCCUUUGUAACACUCGAUCGAAGACUCCCAUGCUAUGUCUUCGUCGUUCAUUGGCCGUCUGUGGAUUCAUUAACGACCCCGUUUCCUCAACGAAUGUUCACCGUACCUGUUGGAAUGGGUGAAGUAUGUUUACUGCCAGAUCACAAGUUACUCUUAGCCUCCUCCCAGUACUUUCACCUCCUUGACUGGAUGUCUGUUGAUGAAUCGACAACGCCGUUGUCCAGUACCAUGGCACCGGCUGAUUUCUUAUGGUCUCACCGAGUUGGCUACUGGAACUGCAUUCUCGGCGACGCUUUCGCCUGCGUCAAUAGUACGCGCUUUGUGUUCGAAUGUGACGGUAUCAUCCGUGGACUCGUCAUCGAGCAUCCCAGCCCGAAUUGCGGUCAUGUGAACGAGCCGUAUUUCGUCAAACUGAUGGAAUACCCAGAGACGUGGGAUAAGGUCCGGAAACCCUGUCGUGUCCUUGGUUAUAACCACGCCUUCGGCCUGGGAGGUGAUCGCGGGUUGACUAUUCUACGGUACUCCUGGCCUGGGGAACCUCGGCCAGACUUUCCUUCUGUUUCCCUCCCCGCCGUGUUCGUGAAAAUGUUUGACAGCUAUAGUUGGGAUGGUGCCGGCCCUUGCAUUGAUCUCGGGACUGGGCGUGUAGUUGCUCUAGCCACAUUUCGUAAUCGUCUACUCUUCUUCGAUAUUCCUUCCACAAAGCAGCAUGUUCAAUUACCCUAA